AGAGGAAAAACUCAGCAACAUUCUGAUACAGGAUAUCUUGAUUGUUUCGGAUGUAAAAUACUAUAGAAUAUCCCACUGAUGACAAAAUGAAAACACACUCUAUUUAGAAAUGAAGAACGUUCGCGCCAGCCAAGCCGGAAGUGACGUUCAAUCUCGCGCAAGAAGUCCGGCGCGCCAAAUUUCAAAGCACUUCCUGCGAAGAAAUCGCCCCCGAAAAAAGUGAAAGGACGCGACUAGAUGCAUAAUGUUCACGUUUGCAGUAAUCCGGGGACAUAUUUCUGGAUGAAGAUCUGAAUGACACAGCAGGCUCAUUAUUAUCUACCUUGAUUAUGCAGAUAAAAACGUUUAUGCAAUGUUGUAAAACUUCGUAAAUAAAUAAAUUUUAUAUUUAACAGGAAAAUAAACUCUACAAUGUCGUAAGGGUCGUGAUUUUGAAUGACCUUCACGUUCCUGGCAUACUUUAAUACAUAAUACAUCUGCUACGCAGAUUAACGCUUGUGCACAAUGUUGCACGACUCCCAAAUUUGACAUUUAAGGAGAACAGAAAGUCUACGAUGUCGUAAGGGCCGUAAUUCUGUACGCAGUUCUGUGUGUGCUGUCCAAAACUGUGCAGACAUGUUCCCUGGAAUCCAACCCUGCUUCCAGUUGUUAAGAAUAGGCUCGUCAAGUCAUGCAAACAGCCACCAGUCCGGUGCCGUUUUGGACUCAUCCCAUGAUUUGUACACAUUCCGGCCAGCACUCGCGCACUCUGUGUUCAGGUUGGGAAGGCUGGCAGAUUUGUGCGACGUAACCCUGGAGUCAACAAGUGUUUCGCGUGUACAUGCUGAGCUGCAUGCUGAAAAACAGAGCGACGCUGCAGGAGAGGACGGAUGGAAGGUCCAAGUGAGGGACCGAAGCAGCUAUGGUACAUGGGUAAAUGAUGUCCGGAUUGAGUCAGGUGUCCUGUUGGAGAUAUUUGAUGGCGACACACUAACCUUUGGUGGCCAAACAGUGCAAGGAAGGCCAGAAUUCUACUUCCUAUUUCAGAAGGUCAGGGUGAGUCCACAGGAGUUUGACGCCAUAACUGUCCCGAAGGCGAACUCCUUCUCGUCCAAUAUCAAUAACCGGAUCAGAACGAGCCUGGAUUGCAAACAAGAGCCCGGCCUUGACAUUUCUAAGUUGUCCAUCAACAAAGCCACAGUCAUUCUCAACUCCAUCGGUAGCCUUAGUAAGAUCAACGGGAGCUGCUGGACCUUCAAGAAGAGUGACAAAACUGCUGGCUUGAAUCUAAACUCUGCUGACACCCCUUCAUUUCAAAGUCUGGUCCCUCCUUCAACUCCUCCUUCUCUUUCGGACAGUCGAGAGACCGCAAAGUCCAUCCCGCCAUCAUCGAAAAGUCGCCGCAAAUCAGCACACACAGUGCUUUUGGAAGACGACAGUGUGGAAGACCAAGAUGUCUGCAGAACCGGGGUGGAGGAAGCAUGGAAAGCCAAAGCUGGCAAGAGAAGACGCCUGUACAAGUCAGAGUCAGAUAUAUUCCAGUCUCCACUGUCCAAUAUGGAGUCAAGUAUAAGGCCGCAACUUGAUACCAGGCCGGUCAUGUCCAAGCAAAACACUGUGGUUUUUAAUCAGCUGAACAACGGGAAACAUGGUCAUCCAUCAUUUACCCUGAUCCUGAAACGUGACAAUGAGAAUACAGCCCACAGCAAAAGUGUCAGUCUGAUGGGAUGCCGUCAGCAGAAGCGCUGCUCUUCAGCACCUCGUGGCAGGAGAAGAGCAAACAGCACUCCAUUAUGUUCUUCACUGCUCGUAGGAGGUGAAAACUAUCAGCUGGCCUCUCCACCAUCACGGCCGAGCAAAGUGCUGAGGGGACACGCUGCCCGCUUUCACGCCAGCACUAGUAGACGACGCGGUAGACCCAGGAAACAUCCACCACCCCAGCUUUCCCUUCCAUCUCCUGCGUCCUCGUCGUCGUCAUCUAGCUCAUCAUCCUCAUCGUCUUCCACAUCGUCUUCCUCAGAGGAUGAAGAUGACGAUGAAGAAGAAAUGAGGGCGGCGCAGUGUGUCGAGCCAUGUGCUUCGGUUUGUUGUCGUCUGCCACAGCAGGAGACCGUGCAGUGGGUGCAGUGUGAUGACUGUGAUGCCUGGUAUCACUUGGACUGCCUUCCAAACGACCGUAACCGGGCCACGUUCCUGCUUGAUCCUAGCGCUGAAUUCCACUGCGGCUGCUGCUGAGUGGCUCCACGAAUGGUAAUUAAAAAAUGGCUAGUCGUACAGAAGCAGUUCUCCUUCAAGAUGCAUAUUGAAGCAAUAAAACCUUUGCUGUUU